AUGAUAACUGGUUUAUCAAUUCAUAAUCAAAUUAAUAAAAAGAAUGAACCAGUUAAAAAGGAACAAAAUAUUCAAGCAUUUGUAAGGGUUCGUCCAUUUUCAGUAUAUGAAUUGAAUCAAGGUGUUACAACAGUUCCAAUUAGGGUAUCAGAUUCUUCAAAAGAAGUAUUGUGUGAAUAUAAAGGUACAACUAGACAAUAUAAAUUCGAUCAUGUUUUUGAUCAAGAUUCAAUUCAAAGUGAAGUAUUUAAUAUAGCAGUAAAACCAAUUUGUGAUGAAGUUUUAUUGGGAUUUAAUGGAACAAUUUUUGUAUAUGGUCAAACAGGAACAGGUAAAACACAUACAAUGGAAGGUAAACAUGGAUCAAAUGAGGAUAUGGGUAUUAUACCAAGAACAAUUAAUUACUUAUUUCAAUGUCUUGAACAAUCUGGAGCAGAUUAUAAUAUAAGAGCAUCACAUUUAGAGAUUUAUAAAGAGGAGAUUUUCGAUUUAUUAGCAUGUAAUGGUAAUGAAAAUUUAAAUAAACCAUUAGGAAUGUUUGAUACACAAAAAGGAUUUAAAAUACCAGAAUUAGAAGAAAUUGUUGUAAAUGAUAGACAAUCAAUAUUGAAUGUAUUAGCAAAAUCAUGUAAGAGAAGACAAACAGCUGAAACACAAUAUAAUAAACAAUCUAGUAGAUCACAUUGUAUAUUUUCAAUAACGGUUCAUGUUAAAGAGACAUCAGUUGGUGGGGAGGAUUUAAUAAAGAUUGGUAAAUUGAAUUUAGUGGAUUUAGCAGGUAGUGAAAAUGCAGAGAAAUCAGGUAACAACGAUAGAUUGAGAGAGGCAGCAUUAAUCAAUAAGAGUUUAUUAACAUUGGGAAAAGUUAUAACGGAUUUAACAAACAAUGAGAAACAUAUACCCUAUAGAUCAUCGCAAUUGACAAAAAUCCUUCAAGAUUCGUUAGGUGGUAAAACUAAAACAUCAAUUAUUGCAACGGUUUCUCCAUCGUUGGUGAAUUUGGAAGAGACUAUCAAUACAUUGGAAUAUGCAUUGAAAGCAAAGAAUAUUAAAAACACACCACAAAUCAAUCAACGUAUGUCAAAGAAUUCGUUGUUGAAAGAGCAGUCAUCAGAGAUUGCUCAUUUGAAGCAAUUACUUCAAGCUGCAUACGACAAGAAUGGUGUUUACCUCACCAUUGAUGUUUACGAACAAAUGAAGAGAGAACUCGAGGAGAAAUGCUCACAACAAUCAAUCACAGAGCAUAAGAUGGAGGCUCAACGUCACGAAAUCUCUUCAAUGAGAAAAUCAUUUGAUGAGCAAACAAUGUUGUUUGAAGAGGCUAUGAAUGAAUUGGAGAGUUCAAAGAAACAACAACAAGAGAAACAAAAAUUCAUUGAUCAAUUUAUUUCACAGGAUACAAUGUUACGUUCAAAUUUGGGUAGUGCAGUACAGGAUUUAUCGAAAUUGCAUGAGAAAUUGGAUACGAUGAAAUCAACGGAACGAGAGAAUCAAAAAUCAAUUAUCGAUUCAAAAUCAAUACUUUCCAAACGUUUAACCGAUUUAAAUCAAAUGUUGGUUUCGAAAUUACAAAUGGGUCAAAAUGAACUAUUGGAAUCAUUGAGUGUACAAUUAAAGGUAGUUCAUGACCAACAAACUAAAUCAAAUCAAUUAAUUGGUAAACGUAUUAAUAACUUAUCACAAUUGAUUGAUUCAUCUGUUCUACAAAUUCAACAAUUAAAUAAUGAUGAUAAACAACAAACACAACCAUUAUUAAAAUUAAAUAAAGAAUCAAAUGAUCUCUUUAUGAAAUUAGAUAAAACAAUUCAACAAUUAUCUGAUCAAAUUAAGAUUAUAUUAUCUGAUUUUUCAUUACCAUUUUUUAAUAGUAAUAAUAAUAAUAGUAAUAAUGGUGAUGAAAUAAUUGAUGAUAGUUUAAUUAAUAAUUGUUUUAAAUUAAUAAAUGAUCAUGUUAAUAAAUCUGAUUUAAUAGUAUCACAACAAAAUAAAUUAAUUCAAGAAUUUUCAGAAUCAAUGUCACAAUGGAUGUUACAUCAAUCACAAUAUAUCAUUGAACAAAGAGAUUAUCAAAAACAAUUAAAAGAGAAACAAAUAUUAAAUAAUACACAAUGGGAGAAGAAAUUAUUGAGUAAACUUGGUCAAGUGAUUCAACAAUUUUCAAAGAAUUUCACAGAUUCAACUUCGGUUUAUUAUGAUACAAUGGAUAAUAAUUUACAACAUUUUGAAAAACAAUUUAAUUCUAUCAAUAAUCAUUCAAGACAACAGGUUGAAUCAUUGUCAAAUAAUUUACAACAAUCUUCAACACUUUCUCAUCAAUUUGAAUCAACUGUAAAAUCAGUUUUAAAUGAUCAUCAUGCAAACAAUAAAAAAGUUGACCCAAAAUUAAUUGAAUCUAUCGAAAAGGCAAAAAAGAGAAUCAAUCAGUUAACUGACGGUUGUAUUGAUUUAAGUCAACGUCAACGUCAAUGUACAAAUCAAUUCAAUGAGGCUUUCACUGAUUUCACAUUUGGUAUUCAAUCACAAAAGGAUAUUUUAGAUCGUGUUAUCAUAGAGAAGAAUCAAGUUCAUGAGAUUUUACCAUUAAUUGAAAAAUCAAAAUCAACCUUUAAAGAGAAUAUAGAUACUUUAAUUCAUAGUUUAGAUUCAAGAAAAUCAAUCAUUCAAUCAUCAACUAAUGAAUGUUCAAAUCAAUUGAAUUCUCUAAUCUCUUCAAUACCUUCCUAUUUAGAUUCUGCAAUUAAAGUAACUUCAAAAUCUGGUGAAACACCCUCAAAGAAACAUUUUGAUAUUCCUUCACCAAUCUCAACCUCUUCUUCUUCUUCUUCUUCUUCUUCUAUUUCUUCAAUCCAUUCUAAUGCAGGUGGUAAAGAAAAUAAUCAUCAAUCUAUUAAUAAUUCAAUAAAGAGUAAUAAUUUUGAUGGUUCUAAAAGUAUAAAUUGCGAUAACAUGAAAAUCGAUACACCUCAAAAAUCAUCUACAAUUCCUAUCACUCCAAAAAGUUUAAAAUUAAAUUUAAAUAGUACACCAAAGAGUGUUUCUAAAAAUUUAAAAUCUUCACAACAACAACAACCACUUAUUGUACCAUCUUCUAACCAACUCACUUUAUCUGCAAAGAAAUUAUCUAACAAAGAGUACCAACGACUACAGCAACAACAACAACAACAACAACAGGAACAGCAACAACAACAAUCAGCAAAAAAGAAAAAGUUAGCAAUAGAGAAACAGUUAAUGAUAACAACUUCACCUACAUUAUCUUUAGUAAAUGAAUCACCAUUUUCUUCACCAAAAUUAUCAAAACAAAAGAUUUUACAGGACCAAAUCCAACCUCCACAACCACCAAGUAUACUUUCACAAUUAAACUCAACACCAAUUUCAUUUUUACAACCACAACAACCACAACAACAACCACCAUCAUUUUUUAAUAAUUUAAAUGGUAGUUUUAAUCGUGGUAAUAAUUCAAUUGAUUUUUCAUUAUUAGAUGAUGACAGUGAUUCAGAUAAUUCAGAUGAUGAUGUUCGUAGUCUUCUUUCUUCAAAUAAAAAGUCAUCAAGAGCAUCGAAAAACGCCGUAGUGUCUAAAAAAGUUGGAUUGACACCAUCAAGAAAAUUAAAAGGAGUCAACUCAAGUGCUAAUCAGUCUUUAAAUGUAAAAAAAUCAAAACCCAUCUUGACAUCUUUAUCUAAAAAACAAAAUAUUUCAACUCCAAUCAUUCAUUCUUCAAAACCUUCAAUUUUCGGUGGUGGUAGUACAAUUUCAAGUAAACUUAAAAGUUUAAAACAACAAACCCCUUUGAAAUAA